AUCUCUUAUCAAAUUCUUAUAUUUUCUAUUUCUUUCUGAUUUUAAUCACAAAUCUUAUCUUGAAUCGUUAUCUUUUUCUCUCUUCUUUCCUUAAACCAAAACCCAAAAAAGAGAGACCAGACAAAAAAAAAUAAAACACACACACAAACACAAACACUCCCCCAACAUUAAAAAGAAAAAAACUAAUAGUCAGUCUCGCUCCGAGUACCACCAUCUCUGAAACGAUGUCAUCGGAGAACGAAUCGACACCUUCUCAGGCGACGGUAGAAACGACGGCGACUUCACCGACGAAGAUGAUGAAAGAGUAUCCAGAACCAUUGGAGACACAUGAAGUUGUGGUUCGAGAUUCUUCUCGCUUCUGGGAUACUCUCAGGCGGUUUCACUCCAUCAUGUCCACUAAAUUCAUGAUACCUGUGAUUGGCGGAAAAGAACUGGAUUUGCAUGUUUUGUAUGUGGAAGUCACGAGGAGGGGAGGUUACGAAAAGGUAGUAGCAGAGAAGAAAUGGAGGGAAGUUGGAGGAGUGUUUAGAUUCUCUGCGACAACAACAAGUGCUUCGUUUGUCUUAAGGAAACAUUACCUUAACCUUCUCUUCCAUUACGAACAAGUUCAUCUCUUCAAUGCUCGUGGUCCUCUUCUUCAUCCCACAGCUACAUUUCAUGCCAAGGAUUUAUCAUCGAGCAAAGAAUUGGCUCUAGUCGAGUAUACUCCUCCGAGUAUAAGAUAUAACAAUACUCUUCCUCCUCCUCAAGGUUCGUCGAGUUUCACAGCCAUAGGUACAAUUGAAGGCAAGUUCGAUUGUGGUUACCUUGUCAAAGUCAAGUUGGGCUCAGAGAUUCUUAACGGCGUGCUUUACCAUUCGGCCCAUCCUGGCCCAUCAUCAUCAUCACCCGCAGCUGAUCUGAACGGCGCCGUUGCGCCUUAUGUUGAUGAUACUGGGAGGAGACGACGCCGUUUAGGUAAAAGACGAAGAAGCAGGCGCAGAGAAGACCCGAAUUACCCGAAACCGAACCGGAGCGGUUACAAUUUCUUCUUUGCUGAGAAACAUUGCAAGCUUAAGUCUCUUUAUCCAAACAAGGAGAGAGAGUUCACGAAGAUCAUUGGCGAAUCGUGGAGCAAUCUCUCUACCGAGGAACGAACGGUUUAUCAGAACAUUGGGUUGAAGGAUAAGGAGAGGUAUCAAAGGGAGCUGAAUGAGUACAGAGAGAGGUUGACACUAAGGGAUGGUGACAAGACAAACGGCAAGGUUUCUUAGAACUCGAUUUGUUGUGCGUCGUUUCUCUCUUAUAAGACCGAACGCCCCUCCGUUUUUUAAUCUAACUUAUGUUUAUCGUCGUCGUAGUUGGUCCAUGCUAAAACUAGGCUCAGUAUGUAAGACUUGACAAGAUUAGCCGUGCGUUUGGAAUUUUAUUGGACAGUUCCUUGAGAAAUUUGAGAAGUCUUUAGAUAUUUCUGAAA